CUGUGGUUGUGUUUCAGGUCUGCUCGUGUUGAUAACGACACACUUCGGGCGCAUUUCAUCGCGGAGAGAUGGGAAUUCAGAAGAAAUGGCUCUAAAACAAAUUGUGCCCACGCUGCUGGCCCUGUUCGGCUUGGUGGCUGUCGCUGAUGCUCUGCGUUGUAACUGUACAAACUGUGAGAAGACAGGCUAUGAGUGCGAGACAGAUGGCGCCUGCAUGGCCUCCACGUACUACAUCCAGGGGAAGGAGCAACACGUACGCAUCUGUAUCAACCGGGACAACCUGGUUCCCCCUGGACAACCCUUCUACUGUCUGAGCGCUGAAGGCCUGCUCAACACACAUUGCUGCUAUGUAGAUUACUGCAACAGUAUUGACCUGAAGGUCCCUGUUCCAACAACGGAGGGGAACUGGUCAGUCCCAGGAAGUUCCUGGGGGCCAGUGGAGCUGGUGGCGGUCAUCGCAGGACCAGUGUUCCUGCUCUGCGUUCUGCUGAUGGUUGGUGUUUUCCUGUUCCAGUAUCAUCAGAGGGCUUACAGCCACAGGCAGAGGUUGGAGGUUGAGGACCCAUCCUGUGACCAUCUGUACCUGGCCAAGGACAAGACCCUGCAGGACCUCAUCUACGACAUGUCCACCUCUGGAUCGGGCUCUGGUUUGCCGCUGUUUGUGCAGCGAACAGUAGCCAGGACCAUUGUUCUGCAGGAGAUAAUAGGAAAGGGUCGUUUCGGUGAAGUCUGGCGAGGAAAGUGGAGGGGAGGAGAUGUGGCGGUGAAGAUCUUCUCAUCCAGGGAGGAGCGCUCCUGGUUCCGAGAGGCUGAGAUCUACCAGACAAUCAUGCUGCGCCAUGAAAACAUCCUCGGAUUCAUUGCAGCAGACAAUAAAGACAAUGGCACAUGGACUCAGCUGUGGCUGGUGUCAGACUAUCAUGAGCAUGGCUCCCUUUUUGACUACCUGAACCGUUACUCCGUCACCAUUGAGGGCAUGAUCAAACUGGCCCUGUCAGCUGCUAGUGGACUGGCACACCUUCACAUGGAGAUCCUCGGCACUCAGGGUAAGCCUGGUAUUGCUCAUCGUGACCUCAAGUCUAAAAAUAUCCUGGUUAAGAAGAACGGCAUGUGUGCCAUAGCUGACCUCGGCCUGGCAGUCCGCCAUGAGUCCAUCACAGACACAAUCGAUAUAGCACCUAACCAGCGCGUGGGCACUAAGAGGUAUAUGGCUCCAGAAGUCCUGGACGAAACCAUCAACAUGAAACACUUUGAUUCCUUCAAGUGUGCUGACAUCUACGCGCUGGGCCUGGUGUACUGGGAGAUUGCGCGUCGCUGCAAUGCAGGAGGUAUCCAUGAGGAGUACCAGCUGCCCUACUACGACCUCGUGCCCUCUGACCCUUCUAUAGAGGAGAUGAGGAAGGUGGUGUGCGACCAGAAACUGAGGCCCAACGUGCCCAACUGGUGGCAGAGCUACGAGUCACUACGUGUGAUGGGGAAGAUCAUGAGGGAGUGCUGGUACGCCAACGGAGCAGCCAGGCUGACGGCCCUGCGCAUAAAGAAAACUCUCUCUCAGCUCAGCGUGGAGGAGGACGUCAAGAUGUGAGCGGCCAGGUGAUGAGGCGCCCUGGAGACGCACAACUAGACCACACUCCCAUAGGAAACAAACACUAAAGACAGACUGCAAAUGAAAACCCUGCCAGUUUUAAAGCCACACUCCAAGUUGUGACAAGGCCUACCUCACCUUUUUAGCCAAAACUACUGAGAAUCACCCUCCCCUAUCAACCGUCCUCCCCUCCUCCUACCUCCCCUUUUGUUCCUCGUGUCUCCUUCCCGUUCCCUUCGACCCCCCCCCCCACCUUCUCCAUGGGCCACAACACUACAGCACUACCACUGUUAAUAUCAUCACACUCAACCUUUUUUUUUUGUUUUCAUUUCCCGUGGCAGGAAAAACUAUUGUACAGUGACAGGAUUUAUUUUGUUUGUUUUUGAUCUUUUUUUACCUCUCUGAAAUCGUCCCAUGACCGACUAACCUUGUCCAGAAGAGUCAGGCAUGUUGUGGGUUUCAAGUUCAAGAAUAAUAACACUUAACUUCUGUUGGCCAUGCAACUACACAUGCUGUCGCUGUGAGUGUGUGAGGGAGGGGGUGAGAGGCUGAAGCACUGUUUUUAGUCAUGUGUAAAAUGUGUCCGGACUACUAGCAUGUCUCAAAGACACAAAGAUGUCCUCUGGUAUAGUCUGUAGUUCAUUAGACGAAAUCCUUUAUUGGACAUUUUGGUAAUUUAGCAUCAAACAGCCAGAUUGUGCUUUUUAAUCCCUCCAUUUAAAUAUCCUACAAACAACUGUAGCUUCCUCAUCACGUGCGAGACCUCUUAGGUUUGGCACAAUAGAUGCGAUCCACUCCUGGUGUUAGUUUGAAACGUGGCAGGGAUAAUGUUUGGGAUGGUUUUUAAUUUUAAUUUAUUUGUUGAUAGUUUUAAUUUCAUGUUGAUGAACACUGUGAGAUGAGAUGUGACAAGCCAGAGUCUUGAUAUGAAAAAUUAAUGUAGUUCAGUCCAAGUCUUCACCAUGGUUCAGAUUCAGGGGUCACUGCGUUCAUUGAAUAAAAUACUCAGUUAAAAUAUGGAUGUAGCCAUAACCCCUGUUGGUGACAGGCGAUGACAUCAUGCACACUGAGCAAAUAAGAGGCGUAUGAAAUGGCAAUGAAAAAUACUGUUUUUCUUUUUUGUUUGUUUUUUUAAAUGUAUUUUUGUGUUUUGUGUAAAGACAUAACGAUCUGUGUUUUCUUUUGACUUUGACAUUAGACACUACUGAUGAUGGGUACAUAUGAUUUGUAUCUAAAACAUGCUUCUUUUUUUUCCUUUUAAUGCCACA